AUGGCCCCCAUCGUCCACUGCGUCCGCCACGCCCAGCCCCGAAAACCACGUCAUCCCAGACCCCCCCUCACCGACCUCGGCGUCUCCCAAUGCCGCACCCUCCGCGACUCCUUCCCCGCACACGACAAGAUCGACCUCGUCACAGCCUCGCCGCUCCGUCGCACGAUAUACACCGCGCUGGAGAGCUUCGAGCCCGUAUUCCACGCGCGACCCGACACGCGCCUGAUCCUCAUCCCGGACGCGCAGGAGACGAGCGACGUCCCGUGCGACACGGGGAGCAGUCCGGCGGAAUUGCAGCGCGAGGUGGAGGAGAAGGGGUUGCCUGUUGAUGUGGGGUUGGUUGAGGAGGGGUGGAAUGUUAAGGCUGGUCGGUAUGCGCCCACCAGUGACGCGAUCCAAGAGCGCGCUCGCGCCGCCCGUCGCUGGCUCAAGGCGCGCCCGGAGAAGGAGAUUGUCAUCGUGACGCACGGGACGUUCCUGCACUACUUUACUGAGGAUUGGGAGGACUGUUCGAAGGGCUACGGCACCGCAUGGGUCAACACCGAAUACCGCACCUACACCUUCAGCUCAAACGAAGACACCGAGGAUCUGGAAAGCCGGGCAAUCGACGGCGACAACGCGACGAUGAUCGAGACGAGCGAGUCGCGCCAGCGCCGCGGGAAGGAGGGCCCCAUGCCGGGACGGGAGGAGCAGAAGAAGCUGUUCCUGCAGGGCAAGCAGCGGUGGGACGACCAGGGACUGCAGCUUAGCACGGCGGAGCGGGAGGCGGCUACUAAGGCUAAGGCUGAGGCGGCGGGGCAGGUAUAG